UUAAUCAGAAAUAAAUCCAGAAAUAUGGUAAGCGAAUCCCAGUAGCAAGUAAAUUUAAAUAACGGUCAUGAGGAAAUCCAAUCACUUAAGUAGACGAACUCGACAACCCGGAGAAAGGGAAGGAGCGCGGCGGGAGGGGGAGCGGGUGCCCGCUCCUCUCCAUUUGACAAAAGGAGAGGACGACAGUUAUAUUAAUAAAGAUUAUAAAGUGCUGCACAAAGGCGAGCUGGUCGGAUCCAUGACUAUUAACCCGUUCGCCGGCUGGCCUUUCGCUUGGCCGCCAUACACGCCACCUUGCCAGGUUUUCCCGCCUUUCGCCGGCAGCAUCCAGGCGCGCGGCUCCCGCCUUUCCAAGCUGCUGUGGGCCCGGCGCCUCUGCCUCUGAGGGGCAACCGGGAGCCGCCGGGCUGGUGGCGUAAAGAAGAAACCCCUCUGCUUUCCGUGACCGCUUUUUGACCCUGGAACGGGAGGGAAAGUCUGUUCCACUGCUGCAAAGGAAGCAAAUAAAACAAAACAAAAAAGGUUCCCCCGCCAGAGCUUGAACUCUCCUCAAGCUGCGACUUUGCAAAGAGCCCUGAGGGAAGUUGGACGGGCUGGCGGGAAAAGGGGGGGGGUCUUCUCCGGGCAAUGGUGGAAAUCCCGCGCGGAGAGCCUCUCCGUCCUCGCCCUCCUCCCCUCUGCUAGCCAAGGAGGCGGAGGGCGGGGGGGAUAGGAUGGUGCCCAGCCUCCCCCCUGGGCUGCUGGCGGUGCUGGGGGCCGCUUGGCUUUGGCAGCCAUGCCAGGGCAACUGCGGGGAGCUGAAGUGCGAGGAGCGGGAGAGCUGCUGCAGCUACGGAAACGUCACCUACACGGAGGUCAAAUGCUGCAAGCUGCCCUUCCACACGUUCCUGGACAACGUGGGCUGGUUCGUGCGGAAGCUCUCCGGGCUGUUCAUCUUGCUGGUCCUUUUCGCCAUCGGCUACUUUCUGCAGCGCAUCAUUUGCCCCAGCCCGCGGAGGCAUAGCCGGAGGCGCCCGGGCCAGCAGCAGAGCGAAGAGGACGACGAGGACGAGGAGGAGGAAGACGACGAGGAGGCAGACGAAGGGGAUCUGGACUCGCCGGCCCGCGGCGGCACCCCCCUCAACGUGACGGCCGCCACCUCGCAGGACUCGCUGUUGGACCACCGGAGCAGCCGCGGGCAGCCGCCGCCGCCGGCCGUGCCUCUUCUGCACCUCGUCUCGCCCGCCUUCUUGCAGCUGCCUAGCUACGAAGAGGUGAAGUAUUUACCCACCUACGAGGAAUCCAUGCGGCCGCAGCAGCAGCAGCAAGAGCCGCCUGUCAUCCUGCCCAUCACCAGCCUGGCCACAGGGGUGGGCAGAGACCUUGCAGAGCCAGAUCGCUGGGCAAGAGGCAGCUGAAGCCCGCUCCCUUCUUCUCCUGCCCUCCCGCCGUUCGGCUCCUUCCUUUUCCUAUGGCCUGGAGCUGGUUUCCCCAAAGCAGAAGGGGCUGCGGAGCCCACGUGGCCGGCGGUCGGAGCUCCCCCUGUCCCUGGAGAGAUUUGGGGAGAAAGGGGUGUGUGUGACAGGGCGGCACAAGGGUCCUCUUUGGCCCUUCUCUGCUUUGUGAGGUUACACACCCGGAAAAGGUAAACCUGUAGCAGGGAAAAGCAGGCGCGAUCCUCUUCUGCCUUCUCUCCGCCUAACGAAAAACACCGCCGGCCUUUCAUAGUUUAUGAAUUGUAUAAUUGUCUUGUAAGUGCCUACUUUAGAGGCGUGCAUUUGAGGACGUUCAGAUUGGAAAUGUUCGGGAGGAGGAGAGAUAAAUUUUGAUUUUCGUUUUUAUUCUUUCUGUUAGCCGUUUCUGCCUUACCAUAUUCUGUUGAUCACUGCAGAUUAAAUAACUGAAAAGGAUCGAUCUGAUAAUUUUCUUGCGACAAACCAAAAUCAAGUUGGUCUAAAUGAUUUUUGGCUUUUUUUGGAAAGCUGCUUUUAAAAAAUACAACGAACUACAUGAGAAUUUGUCUUUUCAGCUUUUCAGGAUCCUUGAAGAUGAGGAUGAGGUAGGGGAGUCAGUAAAAGAUACUGAAUCUGUUAUUUGAGCCUUUGGAUUAAAUGCUUUAAAAAAAAAAAGCAGUUUUGGGCGAUUGCAUUCUAAAAGGUUUGGUAAUGCCGUAACUUGAAAAGUUUUCUUUUAGGAAUUUAAUAAAAGUGACCCUCCAUCCUUCUCAUUGCUGUAACUGAAUUGAUAAAUACAGUAGUAGCAGUCUUCAGGCCUUUUUUAAAAUUUGGAUUUUAUUCUCGCUGUUGGUCCUGACUGUGGUGUGCUGCCUUGUACCCCUUUAAUACAGAGGGCUGGUAGCCCUUAAUGCAGAACAGCAAUCAUGUAUUAAUUUUUAAAGUACAUCAUGUCCACAUACAACCAAAUAAGGAGAUACCUGAUAGAAAAAGAGCUCAACUUCAAGGGGUUAUCAAACGGUUUGGACUGCCUUCACUGUAUCAGAGUCUGGAUUACCUAAAAUAUCCAGUCUGCCCUUUGGAUCAGUACACUUCUUCAUUCACAGACCAACUGCUAUACUUGUUCACUUAUUACCUACCCAAUAUCUUCUGAAAAUUAGGAAAAUUAUGUGUCUUCCAUUCUUGGUUUUGUUUGGUUCUUGUGGAGUGGUGAGAGAGGUGGUAAAUGUUUUCAUAAUCUCCCAAACUUUUUUUGUGGUCUUUUAGUUGGCCUCUAUAGUGAUAUUCCUUGACUGCUGUAUACUAAACUAAUAUGGUAGUGUGGUGCCUAGUCUUCAAUUCUAAUGACACCCUACCUUUGAGUUCACUAGGAUGCCUUCGUAGAUCUGUUAUUAUUUCAGCCAUAUCUCCUAAAGUGCAAUAUGGAGAUAAUACCUUACAACCAUUGCUAAGAUAAUGUUGUAAAGCACCUUGGACACUUGAAACCUAGUAUGUAACUGGAAAGAGUUAUGAUGAGAGUAAUGACCAUGUAUUAGUAGUAAUUUUAAAGUGCUGAGAAUAAUAAUACUACUUUCCCUGCAUCUUUUUAUCCUAUGGCUGUUCGACACUGGCCUUGUGUUGGCAGCUGGAAACUGUUCUGCGAGUUGGUUUCCAGAGUGGGAGUCCAAAAAGUAAUUUGGUGUUGCAAACAGUAAAGCUCCAUUUUGGAUAAUACAUGGUGCUGUGCAAUAUUCUGCCUUGGUCAUGAUGCCUGCCCACAAACAGUACACUACAGACAGGCAAGAAGAUUUCAUUUGUAAUACUUGCUAGCAUCACCUGUGAUUCCACUGAUGAUGAGAGUCUCUACUGAGUGAGUCUGGUUCAGCAUGCUUAGGGCUGUGCGUUUGACUCUAAGGCUGCAAUACUGCUGACGUCUGGCUGUGUAUUUCCAAGACAAUAUCAGUACAGUUGGUCAGCUCUACUGCCACCAUGAAACAUGAUGAGGGAAAUUCUGGAGCCUUCACUGUUGGUGACAAAAACGGAGAACACAUCAGUAUCCAUGUUUUCUUUUCUUUUAACCCACAGUGCACCAUAUCCAGGAAUGUUAAGGCAACACAUUCUGAGAAAACAAGUGCGAUGCAAGCAGUGCAAUCACAGCCACUAAGAAGAUGCCCCUAAACACAGGAGAUAGCUUUGCAUCCCUACAAUUAGAUCUGCAAAUCAGUACCCUGAUGGUGAUACUCAUUUGUCUGCUUCUUUGUAUCUUUUCCAAGAAAUCAGCAAUAUACUGUAACAUGAAAUUCUGUCUAUCAAGUAUUAAAAUAGCACCUUAAAUGCAUCUGUGUUUAACAACACAGCUAUGGAUAAGACAAAAGGCAGAAUAUCCCUAAUACAAAGGGAAACUACCUGUUUCUUGCUUUCAGUUGCUCCUCUGAGUGGGAUGAAAAUUAAGUGUUUCAUAUUUAAAAGA